AUGCCGCGAAGAGGACGUUCAGCAAGUCCGCCACCUGCUCCACAACGACGAGCUGCACCACCCACAAGGAAUGUGCCUGCUCAUGCUCCCCCAACAAGUCCAGGCCCCGUACACGCUCAACCUCAACAGCCAUCGUUAUUCGGGCAGAUGGCUGCAACUGCUGGUGGGGUCGCCGUAGGAUCAACAGUGGGACACGUGGCUGGUAGCGCUCUAACGGGAUUGUUUGGUGGUGGUGGUAGCAGUGACUCAGUGCAGCAGCAGCAGCAACCAGCUCCUGUUCAAUCUUCUUACAGCCAAGGACAACAGCCACAGGGUCCAUGCGCCUGGGAGAUUAAGCAGUUUAUUGAGUGCGCUCAGCAACAGCAUGACUUGUCUCUGUGCGAGGGUUUCAAUGAGGCUUUGCGCCAGUGCAAAGUCAACAACCACUUAUAA